AUGGACUCCCAAGAAAUCCUGGCCAUCCACUCAAUACUCCAUUUGAUCUUUCAUCGUAACAAGAAUCAACACCAUGGCGCAAAGUGGUGGAAAUGGCUGUCGGUCUUAAAGCGCGCCACCCUGGAUCUCGCCCGAUCGGGCGCGCAAGCUCACCUCGUUCACAUCGUCCCGCGAUGCUAUGUGGCAUUUUCCACGGUUGUUGCUGACAACCGGUUCUCUUCACUUGGGGUCGUGCUCCUAGCUACGUUGGCGCGACUGUCCAAAGUGACCGGAAUCAGUCAGGAACUGAAGACUCAGCCCGGGGCAAUUAGGCGCAAGAAGACAGGCCCUGUCGCCAAGGAAGAUCUCGGGGAACGAGUGAUCCGCGUUGACGAAGCACCUCUCGUCAAGCCAGUCAAGAUAUCUCGACCUGAGUCAGUACCCGAGCCCGCAGAGACUGAUUUGAAACGAGCAAAGUCCAAGAAGUCGAAGAAGAAGAAGAAUGCUAUUGAUGAUUUAUUCAACGGUUUGUUUUAA